CUCCGGCCGCAGAUGGACCACACGGCCUUCCCCUGCGGCUGCACCCAGGACGGCUGCGGGAACCCGGAGGGCCGCGUGGAGUUUAACCAGGCGCGGGUGCAGACGCACUCCCUGCACACCCUCACCAGGCUCGAGCUGGAGAGCCGCCAGGAGGGCUCGGGGUCCGAGGCGGGGUUCGAGCUGGGGUCCGAGCCGGGGUCCGAGCCAGAGCCCUCGCCGCAGGGCAGCCCCGAGGGGGAGGCCGGACCCCCGGCCUCACCCUUCUCCCUGGCCGUGGAGGGCCUGGGCGAGAGCAGCUGCAGCAGCGACUCGAGCGGCUCGUCGGCGCCCGGCGAGGACCCCUGCGAGGGGCUGCCCUACGGGGGCCCCCUCCCCCCCGCCACGCCGCUGGACGACGACGGCCUGGCCCGGAUCCUUCAUUUCGGCCCGGCCGGCGCCCUGGGGCGGGACGACGAGGAGGACGAGGAGGGGGCCGGCUUCCCCUGCGCGGACAUCUUCGGCUACCCCGGCCACGUGGCCGACGUCACGUCCGAGUGCCUGGACGAGAACGCCAACCAGGACGGCCUGGGCUACCCGGGCGGGCCCCCGGGCUGUGCGGCCGAGCCGGGCGGCCCCCUCCCGGCCUCGGACGGCUGCCGGAGCUACACAGACCUGAGCCUGUCGUCCGCCGACUCCCUGGACCUGUUCCAGGCCUUCUCCGACUACAGCCUGGGCCCCCUGUACGCCUCGCCCAAGGAGGCGGGCGGCGACGCGCCGGCCCCGGCCUUCUCCCCCGCCGCCGACCCGGCCGCCUGCUUCCUCGAGUCCCUCAUCGGCCUCUCCGAGUCCGUCCCCGACGUGGCCGCCCCCUUCUCGGACAACCAGCUGCUGGAGGACGCCAUCAAGUCCUCCCUCAUGGAGAUGGUGAAGGUGUAGCCGGCCCGGCGGGGCGGCACCACUCAGGGACGACGGGCCGGCCGGGCCCAGGCGGCCCUCUUACUAUUUAUUGCCCCCGGCCGGAGCCCGGGCCCGGCGUCCCUCGGACGGAGGGGGCCGUCCGGCUGCUUUGUGCCUGCCGCGCUACGUCCCUAUUUAUUGUCCUCGCGCUCCGGACGGAGGAGAGGCCCGAGCCGGAAGGUGGGCGGCCCCGACCCCCGACCUCUUGGGUCCCGGAGCCCCUCGUCCUGGCCCUCCGCCGGCGACCCCUCAAACAGACCCCGAGGAGGCCCCCGACGAUGGGGAGCGCCUGGUGCUGUCACGGCCGGCCACGAGCCUCCUCCGGACGCUGAGUUCAGCUGUACAAAAGCCUUCCUAAGUUAUUUCCUGUAAUUUAUUUAGAAAUCCGUGAGGAUUUGGGCCCGAGCCAGCGGCUCCCCCACCCCGGGGCGCUCCGGGGUCCAUCUGUCCCACCAUCUGCCGUCCAGAGCCCGGGCGGUCUGCAGAGACCACCGGCCGUGAAGAGAGGGGAGCCCCGUGUGCCCGGCCGGGGGCCCUCGUGGCUCGUGUGGCCGGCGGCGUGUGCGCUUGCCCACAGUCACGGAGGUGCUCGGCUGUGCCCGUGGAAGGGGCCGGUCCGUGGGGGGAGAGGCUCGGGGUCCCUGCCGGGCAGCUCCCAGGCCCCUCCCCGAGGGGUCAGCCGUCUCCUUCUCCCGAGCCACCUGCGGCCGAGCGGAGGCCCGUGUUCCAGACCUCCUUUGUUCGACCUUCCCUCGGCCCACCGGCCGGUGACAAGAGGGCAGAGACGAGGCCGGUCUGGAGGGGCUGCUUUGGGGUCACCCCCGGCCCUGCUGGGUUUGACGCAGUUUUCAAGACGCCCUCAUCGUCCGGGCGGCCCGUGGCUCUCGUUUCCUGUCCUGGCUGGGCACUCAGGGAUGGGCGCUUCCCCCGCUGGCACCCAGGCGGUUCUUGGGGAUCAGCCUCCGUCGGGCUCCGCUCUCUUCCUGUAUAUAUGUUCUGAUUAUUUUGCUUAAAGGUACAAAUAAAGAAAGUGCUUUAUUUUGAACAA